CGUUCUUUUAAUAUGUACCUGUGCUUUUUUUCGAAUUGAUAAAAAAAAAACUAAAAUAUAAUAGUCUUCCACUUUUUAACAGUGUGAUUCGAAUAUAUUUUAAACUAAACAUUUUAGAAUUUUACAAAAAAUAUUUGAAUUACGUGUAUUUACACUGUUUUAUAUUUUUUUCAAAAUUUUUUAUAGAUUUAAAAACAACAGAACACGAAAUGUUCUGCUGAUGUUUAAAGCGUGUUUGUGUGGCAUCACUGUCAUCGUUUUUUUUAAUAAAUAAUUUCUGUUGAUUAUUUUUUACAUUCUUGUAAAGUUUUGCCAUAAGGUGCUGCCGCAUACUUAGACAAAUUUAGCAGUUAAUGUAUUACUAACACAAUGCCACCAAAUAAAUUGAAAAGUAAAAUUUGGACUUAUUUUAAUAAAGCUGGGGAUAAAGAAGCUGUCUGCAAGAUAUGUAACAAAACCCUAAAAACUUCAGGCAAUACGAGUAAUCUUCGUGGUCAUUUAGAAAACGUUCAUUCGCAGCAACUGGCAGAUGAAGAUGUAAAAAGCAAGAAGGCUAAAACAGGUGGUAGUACCAUUGACAAUUAUAUGGACGUAGAAACAAUUGAUAUAAUUGCUUCAACCAGCUCAGCCAGCGUUGAAAAAAGUGCUUCAUCUCAAAUUUCACUUGGUAGUACUGCGUUAACCAUUGCUGCUGUCAAUUCCAAAAAACCAAAACAACCAAAUGUUGAUGACUUCAUCAGAAAUAUGAAAAGUAUAGCCACGCAGGAUGGAGCUAAAUCAAAGAAAAUAACUGAAGCUGUUGUGAAUUUUAUAAUCAUGGACAAUAAGCCAUUUGCCACAGUAGAGGGUAAAGGCUUUUUGCAGCUAAUGAAGGAAGUUUGCCCAUUGUAUAAAGUGCCAAGUCGAGAAACAAUAAAAUCUAGGAUUGAUACAAAAUAUGAGGUUAUGAGCAAUAUUUUUAAAUCAUUUAUAAAUAAUGCAGAAAGUUAUUGUAUCACCUAUGAUAUUUGGACAGAAACAAUGCAGAAUAAAUCAUUCGUAGGUGUUACCAUACACUUUUUGGACAAACUAAAACUCCUCAGCGGUACGUUAGGUGUUUUUGAAUUAACAGAAAGUCACACAUCAGCGUACAUAAAGGAGAAACUUAAAGAAAUUUUCGCGGAGUGGCAUAUUUCUGUUCCCAAGGUUUCAGCUGUAAUCACAGAUAAUGAUAGCACUGUAAUGAAAGUUAAUAGAGAAAUAUUUGGUGAAAAGAAAAUUAUUCCUUGCUUUGCUCAUACCAUCAACUUAGUUGUAACUAAAUCCAUUGACAAUGAAACAGACUGCACGGAAUUAAUCAGCAAAGUUCGAAAUAUAAUAAAAUUCAUUAAAAGAAGCGUCAAUGCAAGUGAUGAGUUGAGGAAAAGACAAGUAAAUAUGGGAUUAAAAGAAGGACAAAUAAAAAAGAUGAUCCUUGAUGUUCGCACCAGAUGGAAUUCUUGCUUUUAUAUGCUACAGCGGUUCAUAGAAUUAGUGUCAAUUAUAGGAGCAAUACUGUUGAAUCGGCCGGAAGCUCCCCCAAUGAUUUUAAGUAGCGAAAUAGACUGCAUAAAAGAAAUGAUAGAAAUUCUGAGCCCAUUUGAGAAACUAACAAAGGAAAUUUCUGGAGAUAGCUACGUAACCGUGAGUAAAGUUAUUCCGCUAGUAAGCUGUGUCUGGGAAGUAAUAGAAAAUAUGAAACCAAAAAAUGAAAUGAUUUCCCAAUUUAAAGAAGAAAUAAAAAAACAACUUGGGAGACGGUUUGAUAAUAUAGAACAUUCGGCAAUUCUUUCUAUCUCAACUACACUCGACCCUAGAUUUAAGUUUAUGCAUUUCAAAAAUUCCAUGGCCAAAGGAAAAGUAAUAAAUUGCUUAAAUAAGUAUGUGCGAGAAUUCAAUACAUCAAGCUCAUCUACAACAUCCAAUAAUGAUACAUCUGAUGAUGUCGAAGAUAAUUCAGAAUUUGAUAUCUGGAAAUAUCACAAACAAUUAACACACAAAAAUAUGAAAAAUAAAUCAUCUUCCACAGCUUUAACAGACACUAUCAGUGAAACGGAAGUACAGAUGUACCUGUCAUCUCCAGUUACACCAAUAAAAAGUGACGCUAUUGAGAUUUGGGAGGAUAUGAAAUCUCUGUUUCCUAAACUUUCAAAGAUUGCAAUGCUAUAUCUCCCCAUAGUUGCAACCUCUGUGCCAAGCGAGCGUUUGUUUUCGGAAGCAGGAGCAACCAUUACUCAGGACAGAAAUAGGCUUCUAGGGACCAGAUUAUCAAAGCUUCUUUUCCUUAACUCUAUUACAAAAUUAUUAGAUUGUAAUUGAAAUAAAUAAUAUUUUUUCAUUAAAUCCGAAA